CACGGUUGCUCGCCGUGCGGCUUAGUCGUUCGCUAACCACGGCAGGGGUACGUCGCGCCGCGUGAUUUUUUCCCAUCGAUCGGCAUCACAUGUAAGUGAGAUGGACGUGCUUCCGAGCGGUAACUUAUUCCGCGAACUGCAAGAUGUCACCGACACGGGGUACUUCGAGUGGAAGCUGUCGCUGGAGGACUACUGGCAACAGACAUGUUACGAGAUGGAGAGGUAUUUGCGAGAGGAGCCGAACAAGCGUCGGGAACCUGGCCAGGAGGAGGAGUGGGCUCGGCCUCCCACACCGCCUUCACCGCCAGAGUCGCCGCCGUCUCCUCUGCCAAUCCUCGCCAAGGCUCCGAGCACUACCACCACACACUUCACUUUCUUCACCACUGUGAAGUGUGAGCCACCGAGCGACUCUGAAGAGCCAAUGCGGGAGCAAACUCCCAGCCCGGUGCCGGUGCAGCUGCUGGUGCCUCGCAAGGUGCAGGUGACCAGGCAUCACGGUCAUACGCAUACCACUGACCCACGCCGUCGCGUGCAUCGCUGCGAGUUCCCAUCUUGCGACAAGGUCUACACCAAGAGCUCGCACCUGAAGGCUCAUAAGCGCACUCAUACUGGCGAGAAGCCCUACAAGUGCUCCUGGGAGGGCUGCGAAUGGCGCUUCGCCCGGUCCGACGAGCUGACGCGGCACUACCGCAAGCACACCGGCGCCAAGCCGUUCCGCUGCCGCCACUGCGAGCGAUGCUUCUCUCGCUCCGACCACCUGGCGCUGCACGCCAAGCGUCACGCGUAGCCCGCGGCCCCCGUCGUCCGCGCGCCGCCACGGAAACGCAAAUAAACCGCGCGCGCACUUUUUAUUAUUUACACGUUAUUUUUAGUGGUUCCGUUUAUAGGUUGUCGUGAGUUGUGAACACGGAAUUGAUUGUGAUGCGCGCUGCUCCAUACAGCGUCAAGCCAAAGAAUGCCGCUACAUCGUAGCCGAGUCAACACUCAUUGCACCUAUCGCUUUAAGGUUAUUUUUUUAAGUUUAUCGAGUUUUUAUUCGGGAAAAAUCUCUUUGAUGUUUCGGCAAUUUAUCGUUACGGUUCUUUGUUGCUAAGAGUUCAAUUUAUAGCCGUUGUGUAUUAUGUAAUUUUGUGAGCUUUGUGUAUUUUGGCGUCGUCGCGUAGCGAUGGCGCGUGUGUGCCAUGAGUGGGGGGCGCGCGUCCCCCCACAUGCAUUUCAGUCGCGGUCAUAUUAUUUAUUGGGGAGUUCGGCUAAUGAUCCCACCGACGCCGAGCACGACCUUUAUUAUUUUAGGCUUAGUGCGUCGCGUUACCUGAUGUCAGUCGGCGCCGCGGACCAAUCGCCGGCCUGCGAGCCCGCGGCCUAGAGUCCGUCUCGCUCGCACGCCCGUCUCGCUCGACUGGUCCGCGACUCCGGCGCAGAUUCGUGUUUAUUUUGUAUAAUUCGUAUUAUAUUCAUUAGGUUAAGCUUUCUCUUUACUCUUUCAUUCCGAUAUGUUGCGGUUAACUGGCCUUUAUUUCGUUAGUAGUACGAAUUAUUAUUGUGCGCACUAAUUGAUUUCGGUGUGCCGGUACACACAUAGCGUCGAGUAACAUUUUAGUCUGUAGAGAAGAUAACAUCUAUAGUACAUAAUGUUUUUUUUUGUAUUUUUGUAAAUGAGACGCUACGUGUGUAGGGCCUCGUUGAUUCUGGAGGAGACGAGUGCCGUCGGCUGCGAGUUACGUGUGUUCAGUCUUGAUCUCAGUAAUAUCCAAGAACAGCACUGAUUAGCUCGCUGCCGAAGCGUUUCGUCGCCGGUCGGAACACAGUCGCUAUUAUUUAAGUCCAUUAUAAAUAUUUGAAGACUGGUCUCGGACGCCGCGUCCAUCACUAUACCAGCCUACGCCCUAGUAGCACAGCACACUCGCGACGUGAAACUGCAACGUCUUACAAAGUUCCGCCAUCCACCGAGAGUGCUACGCUACUACGGUAUCUACUAACCACCAUCAACUUUCGUAUCUUUAUAUUUGAACAAGUAUUUUUCAUUAUAUUUUAUAUUAAAUUAUUCUUAUCUUGUAUAAGUCAUGUAAUCAUCACAAUGAAGUAAAUUAAGUUACCAGAAGCACUUGUUUACUAGAUUCGACGACAUUGCUUGCAAACAGCGUCAACCUGCUGGGUCACUAACGCAAGUUGUGGCAGUUGGCUGCUAGCUAAAGUUUGUCUUGUUGCCGGUAUAACUAGUUUAGAGUUAAUGACGACUGUAAACUAUACUGGACUGUCAUUUAAUUAUUGCACAGCGCGUCGUUGAAUGUCAGUAACUAUGCAUUUUUACUUACAUACCUCCCGGGGCCAAUAAUUUAGUCUUCCCUUUCGAUAAGUUCUACAAAUAUACAAAACAGUAUAAUGUGCAUCACUACGAAGGAACACGCGCACGACACGACACUCAACGAACGAACGAACGAACUCGACGUCAACUGGAUUAUUUCUAAUAAAGUAUAAGACAAUACAAUUUUUUUAUAUAGUCAACCGUUAAAUAUAUAACACGACUGAAUUAAAAAAUACGAGAGAGAAUAAACAAAUAGAUCUGAUAUCUGAUACUUCCUAUUUUGGUUGGAUUACGAAUAGUAUAAUAAAUAAAUAAAAUGUAGUUGUGAAUGCAUCACGCUUAUAAUUGCGAACAAAGUUAGUUUAAGAUUUGUGACGAGUUUUAUUUAAUGUUGUAUCGUCGGUUCGUUGAGUGCGCGUGUACCCGUAACCCACACAUAUUCCCAUCUCAUACAAGUCUGCAUUUGCACUUAUACACAGUACGAUAUACAGGUUGUCCUGAAACAUUGAGACGACGAGUGAAAAUACAUACGAUAUUAUUGGUAAAGGUCUUAUUUGUUUCAAAGGAAUGAUCCAUGACGCCUAUUCCCAUAGUUCUAAAUUUGACUUCACCAACGCUAAAUGCGUUUAUCACUCUUGUCCGACCUUGACCUUCAAGCCUUAAAAAAGUGCAUAGUUUGGUACUUUCUCCCCCGUCUACUAUUUUAAGGACAUGCUGUAUAUCGUGGUCCCACGCACACGUACAGUCACGGUUAAAAUACUUUCGUCAUUAGUAUUCAACUCUAUUUUAAAGUAGUUUAGGUGCACAAUGCCUCCAGCAAAGAUAAAAUUCAAACCACUCUGAAGAGUGAUAAGGUUAUUAAAAGACGCAAGAAAUCAUUUUUGUGAAUAAUAUAAGGCUUGUUGGGCAGUGUAAUAUAAAAUAUUAAUCGUUAGUUUGGUGUCAUGUAAAGUAGGUAAAAAAAAAAUUACAUGAUGAACACAUUUGUACUGUGACUGUACUUAUUUAUACUUUUAUUGAAUCAUAAAUUAUUAUUUAGUAUAUUACUUAUACACGUGUUAUUUUUUUGGCAACAUUUCAAAGUUUAUACGGAAAAAUCUCAAUUAUUUUUAAAUUUAUAUUUUACGUUGACAGUAAAAAAAAACAUUUUAUUAUUUUCGCGUCGUUUGUCAACUGUCAAAAUGGUUAUUAUUAAAUGUGUCAUUACUGUUUUGUUUUGACAGUAGACAAUAACCGAAUUACGUGUUCAAUAGCGAUACUUAAUGAAUCAAAUAUUUUAUGUCAAUUUCAACGAAAUAAAUAAGUUGAUAAGUAUUUUCAAAAACAUAAAUCUUCUCAUAUUUCAGAUCAAAUCUUAUAUUAGGGAAUUGUGAAAUAUGUAAUUAUUAUUAAUAAUUACUCAAAAAUCAUGUCGUAUUAUGACGUCAUAUAAGUCAUUUGAACAAUUAGUUGCUUUAAAAAAAUUGCUAUUGAGUACACGUAAUUGAUAAUGACGGGCAUAUACAGGGGGAUUUAGAUGCAGGUAAGGGCCCUAGUCUCUGGACGGGGCUUAGGUAAACAGUAAGUAAAGUGCUUUGAAUCAUCCGCGUGAGCUUGGAUUGAACCUGUGUACGCCCUUAGCUAGCUUCACACCCAGCUAGAAGCAAGGUGUUACCAAACACGAGUUAAGGGUUAGGCUAUAUACGUAAAUUCAAGUGUUAGCUGUACGAAUUUAGCAUAUUAUAUUCAUACAUAAAUAACCACGUAAAAUAAAUAAUUAAUUCAUUCUGCAUUUUUUCUAGAUCGAUGUGUAUAAGUGUAACAAACGUGAAAUCAUAGAUGUAAGAAACAAAAAACUAAAAAAAAAUAUUAAUGUGAUUCAUAAAUUUAUUAUACUUUAUUAUGAUAAAUGAUAACAUUAUAAACAUGUAUGUUAUUGGUAUGAAUACCGCUUAAUGGAUGGUCUAUGUGUUAUAGUGUAAUAUGCACGACGGCUGGUAAAUGCAUAUGUAGUAUCGUAGAGGACAUUAUACUAAUUGUAUCAUACCUAUUAUUGUUAUACCCGCUGACCGCGACGCUAAUGUUUGCAUUCAUAAUUCACUACAAACAGAUUACUGUACCGGAGUCUAAUUUUUGAAUCGACAAUAAAUUAUUCCCCGUGUAUCGAUUUACAAUUGCCCGGUGCAAUUUUCCUAUAUUCUGUAGACAAACUGACCUCGGUCGUAAACGGCUUCGAACACGAGGUUCGAAAAAAUAGCUCUUUUCUAUCAGCGGGUACCAUAGAAUCGAUUUCAAGAUUCCAUAUAAAUGUCAAACUAUGUCAUAAUUGUAUUAGAAAACGUAAUAUAUAACGAAAUAUACAUUUGUCUAAUAACACAUAUACAUAUAUAUACUUACAUAAAUUAUAUAAAAUAGAGAAUUUUUCGUCAUUCAAGAUACGCGGCUGUGUUAGAAUCAACUCUUAAAUAAAUUUUCUAUUCCGCCGACUCGGGAAGCGUUUACAAAUAUAAUUAAAAAAUAGUUUUUAAGUCUCCCUAUCCCGAGUGAUGUUUUGAGGCCGAUUCUAUAAUUAAUUAGCAAUUUAAACUUUAGGCUCGUGCAAGAAAUUAACUUUGUGUCUGUAGCAAAAGUACGAAAUGUAAAGUCAAUCACUUUCUGAAAACAUAAACUAAAUAAUAAGACUGUCUACUGUCCAGUUCCUUGCGUGUAGAAAAUUACCACUUAUAAUUACCCACCCAUUGUUUUCGAGUCACCUAACAACGUGUCCACAUGAAGAAAACGAGCUUAGUAAACAAAGACGCACAAUUUUAUUAUUCUUAAGUAAACGAGGCACUUGUGAAGUUAAUCUCUUGCUCAUCUUACAUUUCACUAAUACACGCGGUGAAAGCCUUGCCAUUUGAUUAAGAACUUUGGAAUGAAGAGAACAAUGUAUAUUUUGGCACACGACCUUAUAACUUAUAACGUGAACAAUUACAGAUGAACACAUAUAAAGGUUUUACCUGUAUUGUGAGCUAGUAGUUGUGACCUAAUUUUAAUUGGUUUACAUUUGGUGAUCCUUGUAAACAGUUAAAACUAAGGUCACUGAAAUCAGGCCAGGCUACGAAAAUCAAUAUCGAGAAGGGUUGAUUUAACGGGGCGUUAAAAACCUUGAAAAUUUAUGAACUAAAAUUGAGAAUUAAGAGUCAUUUACAUAAAAUCAUUUGUUUAAGCAUACAAGAGUAAUAAUUGAAUUUAAUAAAUUUAAGGCUCUUUUUUGUGAGACCAUUUAUAUGGUUAAGUUCAUUCAUGUCAAUUUUUGCUAAUUGUAUGUAACAGACAAGGUAAUUGCAUUAUGAAAAUGACACUUAAAUCUUAAUUGCUUUGAGUCAUAUUCCCUAAAAGAUGAUUUAAAAAUAUAUUCAGCUGCAAGGUGUAUCCACGUGUAUUUUUUUAUAGUAUUUUGGCUAAACAAUGCCGUUAUUAGAUUUUUUAUAUAACUUUUUUUAAUUUAUCUUUUUGAUACUACUGCUUUGUUACAUUCCAUGAUUCCCGACUCGGCUGGUUAUUUUGAAUAUCAUAUAUUGUAAGAUUUUUGACCGCUUUUAACCGGCUGUUGAUUAAAAAUAUUUUUAAGGUACUUUUCAUGCUUAUCAAGAACUCUUACACAGAAACAAUAGUACACAAAACAUACAGGAUGCUUAUAAUCUAGAAACAUGUCUUUAUAAGCUUUUACACAACAAUAAUGAAUGAAAUAAUAAUUGUUAGAUAAUAACUUUUUACUACUUUUAAUAAAUUAUAUUCUAUAAUAAUAAGUAAACAUUUACACUAUAUUAUAUACUUAUGCUCCAUGAAGGUUGUCUGUAUUUCAAUAUAAAACUGAAUAGUUAGGUUAUUUCAAGGUUGUAACUAGGGAAUGAAAUUCAUAAUAAGGCUAAAUACCUGUAAACAACGAUUUAGAUCACAUUUUUUGUAAAAAACACUUGUUCAAAGGCUUACAAAGACAUGAAAAAAAUAUUAACUCACCCUCUGUAAGCUGCCUUGACCUAGAACAAAAAAAAACCUCUAUUAAUCCACAGUCGGUUAAAAGCACUAUUAAGAAGAAGACUUUCGUCUCAAAUCAUUGGUGACGUCACAGAUAAUACGUCAUUAAAUUGCCAAAUUGCGUCACUGAUCUGAUCUUCUGACAACAGUCUAAAAAGCUGCGCCUUUUUUGUAUCAGACUAUCCAGAGUGAACAUUUGUGAUAUGUGGCAUAUUCUCAGCCAGAAAUAAGCUUGUGUGGGCUCAAAUUACAUAAAAAACUAGUAAAUUUUAUAUAGGGAAUUAACAUCACAUACUGUUACUUUUUUAGCUUAAAAAAAAAAUGAUUUUAGAACUAUAAAUGUUCCUAGGCUGUAUUUUGAUUGUAAACAUCUAUGCUGAGGGAUGAGCUUGGACCCAAGUUUCUAAUUUUCAUAAAGUUCAAACUUGGAGUCACUAAGUUCUUUACACUCAUAUUUUGAAUGUAAGAUACUGUGAGAAUCUUCUGUAUUUCUAUUAAAUAAAAUUGUUCGUUGAUAAUAUUUCACUAAAAGUAUUUGUUUCAAGCGCUUUGGUGAGUUUGUAUUUAAUGUAUUCUCAUAUGUCGUUGUAAUUAAGUAUAAAUGAAAAAGUUUUAAUUAAUUGUUAUGUGUAGAUGGAAACAGAUGCUUGUAUAUCUAUGCUGGAUAGUCAUCAAUGUUUUUUUAUGAUUUUAUAUGAGUAUACUUAAAAAGGGCGAAGCUUUUGUGAAACAUAAUAUGUUAUCUUCUAGUUUAUAUUUGUGCCGGCGUUUAUAUUUCCAAUGAGCCGUGUCACGGAUAUAAACAAUUAAUUAUAGUUACUAAUCAUAAAUAUUUACAACUACAAGUAAUAUUAAUAAUGGUUAUUGUAAAUAACUCGUUAUUAUUAUUAUUUAAGUGUCUUUGUUUCCUUUCUGAUGUAUGUAUAGUAGGCGCCCCUAAUGGGGACAAAUGAC